AUGUGCAAGAAUGGAGGAAUUGCAGAUGUUUUGGGGGUCGGACAGACUGUGUUUGAAGAAAUUUGGGAGGCUCAGGUUGACAUGGGUCUGGAGAAAAAUCCAUGGGCACCUUUUGAUGAUGAAUAUGAAGUCAACAAGACUGCGACCGAUGAAUUCCUUAAACUGGCCAUUCCAAGCUUUACAAGCAACUAUACAUUUCAAAAGAAACUCGAUAAACUACCUACAGGUCCUGGAUGGACUUCUGAAAUAGUCAUGUCAACAGGAGAUCAAGGUGACCCUGUGGAGUGUGUGCAUGAUUUGAUUGGUAAUCCCACAUUCAAGGAUUACCUUUCAUAUGUUCCCGAGCAGGUUUUUGCUGAUCCGCAAGGGACGACGUGGGUAUAUGAUGAGAUGUGGACUGGUGAUUGGUGGUGGAACAUGCAGGAAUGCCUACCUUCAGGUGCCAUUGUUGCUCCAGUAAGACUCGCAUCUGACAAAACAAAUCUUACCCAUUUUCAUGGCAAUAAAGCUACAUGGCCAAUAUAUUUGACCAUCAGAAAUAUCAAAAAGGACAUUCACCGUCAGCCUUCUAAGCAUGCAACAGUGCUGAUAGGAUACUUACCAAUAUCGAAGAUGCUGCAUUUCAAGGAUGACGAAGGACGGCAGAUUGCUCAUUAUCAUCUCUUUCAUAACUGUAUGUGGUUGGUGACAAAGCCACUUGUCAAUGCCGACCGUCACAGAGUGGAUAUGAUAUCAUAUAUCGCAGAUCAUCCCGAGCAAUGCCUGAUCGCCUGCUGUAAAGAAAACCACUGCCCUUGUUCAACUCUCAAACACCAUAAAAAUGGUGAAGACCCUCACCUUUUUGAAGAUCACGGUCUUCGUGCGAUAUAUUUUCCAUUCUGGUCACAUCUUCCACACACCGACAUUUUCAUGUGUAUCACUCCGGAUAUUCUACACCAGUUACACAAGGGUGUUUUCAAAGACCACAUUGUGAGCUGGUGUUCUACAAUCAUCUCUGACACAGAGUUUGACGCACAUUUUCAAGCUAUGUCUGAUUUUCAUGGUCUCCAUCACUUCAAAUGGGGAAUUUCAACUGUCUCUCAGUGGACUUGCAUGGAGCAUAAAGAGAUGCAGCACGUUGUCUUAGGCGUCAUCGCUGGUGCUGCUGCACAUGCUGUUCUCGAUUUUAUUUACUAUGCUCAAUACCAAGCUCACAUGGACACGACUCUCGCAUGGAUGCAGGAAGCACUGGAUGUGUUUCAUCUCAGGCUUUGUCAACACUUCAAUAUUCCCAAGGUUCACUCAAUGUGCCACUAUGUGCACGCAGAUGGUUUCAACUUGGAGAGCCCCGAAUGCUUGCAUAUCGACUAUGCGAAGGAUGCUUACCAGGCAAGCAGCAAAGUAGAUUAUAUUGUGCAAAUGUGUUAA